CCCCCGGCCUCCACUGGCUCCACCCUAGAGGAGAUCCAGCUUUCAAUCACCAUCUCUUUAACUCCCCCCGGUCUCCACUGGCUCCACCCUAGAGGAGAUCCAGCUGCCAAAGAGCCCAGAAACAAGAACGCCCCCUGCCGAAACUACAAUCGAUCGGUAACCUCGGCAUCCAAGAACGUAGUUUACAUUUGCAUCCAUAUAACGGAAAGGUCCUGUAUUCCCUCUCAACUCAUGAUGUGCUUGCCCCACAGAAGGGCAACAAAGGAGAGAGGAAUAAGAGGAAGUCCUUGCUAGCUCAAGCAAUGGAGAGCAACGGUGCAUAUUUUCUGUUCUGAGACUUCUGAAAAAUUUGAAUGAUGGCAACAUCGAUAAUCAAACCUGCUGUUCCAGUUCUUUUGAAGGAAAUAGAAUCAGGUUCACAAUUUUUUAAGCAAGGCGCUUCUCUUCGAGUUACUGGAAUGCUACAUGCAUAUAGUGAGGACACUGCCGUAGCAGUCAUUGCCGAUGCAAACAUCAGCUUUAAGAUAAAUACCGUGCAUUUGAGGGACCUCAGCUUCCGCUUUGGUUCCUACUACCAAUUUAUUGGAGAACUUCACAUUCUGCCAGAAGAUGUGGCAAUCUUGCAGGCACGUGUAGGAAGAAUUGUUGAUGGCCUUGAUCCUAAUCUCUACAACCAAUCUCUUCAGCUUCGUAGGCAGUUUGAAUCUGAACUUGUUAAUUCCUGAGUCACAUGAUUUCUGCUGUUGGAGACAUCAAACAAUGAAAUUGUGACCUUAGGCUGAAGACUUUAUGAUGUUUGUAAAAGAAGUUUAUAAGACUGGUGCUAGUUUUCUAUGUUCAGCUACAUGAUUUCUCAAUGGAUGUAGGUCUUGAUCGAAUUUUAUUAGUUUGAUAUAUAUUCCAUUUAAUUUUGUGUC